AUGGAAGACUUCGAUGUAUUUACAAAUGAAAUUAAUUUUACUAAACCUCUUUUCAAGAACAUAUUAAAUAAGUAUAUUCACGAAGUGCCAUCAACUCCUAACGGACCGAACUAUCAAAGUGGUAGAAAAUUAAUGGCUGAAGAAUGUUUAGCUGAUAAUGAUGACAUAGGGUGUGCUUUCCAUCUUAGUGAAGCAGCUUCUGCUUCAUUAAGAACUAUGGCUGUUUAUCGAGAGGAGCAACUGAGAAGUGCUGAAAACAAGCUCUUCAAGAUUACAAGUUAUGUAAAACCAAUAAAAGAUUUGGUGGAUGCAAACCCAAUACCGAAGAAAGAUGCGAAACUUAUAGCAAUGUUAUCUAAAGAUAUAGACAGUAUCACUGAUACUUUAAAAACUUAUGCAAUUGAGGAGGAGCUGCCGUUCCACAGAAGAUAUCUUCGAUUCACUAACGAAAAUAAUGUAGAUAAUUUUCAGCGAAUACUAAAAGAAUUGCCUAAAGAAUGGACUAUAAUACAACUAACAGUACCAUACAAUCCAAAUGAGAACCUGAUGCCCUUGAAGGAAUAUAGAAAAGACGUAAACUCAAUAUACGUUAGCAUGUUCACUAAUGACUACGUAGACAGCAACGCUGCAGGGCCUAUCACUGUGCACAUACCCUGUAACAUCACUAAAGAAGGUGAAAAACCUCUAUUCACAGAGUUGUAUUCUCUAUUAGACGAGAAUUACCAAACCAUAGACAAUGCACAGUUUUUGAAUAAUAAAAGACUUGUGCAGAACUACUGGAGUCGACGCGAAGACAUUGACUUACGAAUGAAGAGUGUAAUAAAUGUAAUGGACAAGGAAUGGCUUGGCGGUUUUAGUUGUUUGCUGACAGGAAAACUGGUAGACUCAUGCUUAAGAGACAGGAUCAUAAAACUAGUUGACAACACUAUUUCGGAUUGGGGUUUAAUGCGCCUAACACAAAAACAGAAAAUCCUACUCUGCAACCUAACAGAAUGUUGUCCAGUGUUGCAAUCCCAACAAAUUAAAUCAUGUAUCAGGAGAAUUUUGACGGAGUGUGGCAACACCGAAGACGUUAGACAAAUAUUUAACUCAGAAUGUGGCAAUUGUAAUAAGGAAUUUCGAUUUUUGAACGAAUUAUGUUUGAAAUGUUUGUCGAAAAGUUUUGAGAAUAUACACCAUUUCUCUUUGGUGGAUGGUAUAAGAGCGUUUUCACAGUUAGCCAUGUUGGUCAAAGACAAUGACGAAUGGGCCGCUUUGAAAAAGGCAAAGAGACAUCCAGUUAUAUUGAUCGUUGAUGAUAUGUUAGACACAUUCCCGUGGGAAACUUUGCCAGUUUUGAAUCAUCAUCCAGUUUCUAGAUUAGAAAACAUUCACUUUUUGUACUAUUUAUACAAAAUACACGAGAAAGAUGUGAAAGAUGGAUACUUCACUACUAAAUGUGAGAUCGGCAGAUAUGUUAUUAAUCCAGAGAAGAAUCUGGAUCGCAUGGAGAAACGUAUGACAUCGUUCGUGAAGUAUUGGUGCGACACGUGGAGCGGGCAUAUUGGAGAACCACCGCCUCCCACUGACUUCAUCAAAUAUAUCAGUGAUGCACACGUUUUCUUGUACUGCGGGCAUGGCGACGGGUGCCAGCUGGCGGCGGGCGGCGGCGCGGGGGUGGAGGGCGCGGGCGGUCGCGCGCUGGUGGUGCUGGCGGGCUGCAGCUCCGUGCGCCGCAGCGCGCCCGCGCCCCGCGCCCCGCACCGCGCCGCGCACCUGCACCUGCACUGGUCCCCAGGUACUGCGGGCCGGCGCGCGCUGGUGGUGCUGGCGGGCUGCAGCUCCGUGCGCCGCAGCGCGCCCGCGCCCCGCGCCCCGCACCGCGCCGCGCACCUGCACCUGCACGUGGCGGGCUGUCCAACAGUGGUGGGGAUGCUGUGGGAGGUGACAGACUUGGAAGUGGAUAAGGUAAUCAGUACUCUGAUGUCCCUGUGUGUACCGUCCAACGCGACUCUGCCAUGGCCCAGUGUGGGGAAGGCUAAGUGGAGCCAAGGUGUUCUGGAGACGGCAGUGGAACAAAAAGCGUCAUUCAUCCCGGAGCGGGACGUGCUCCGCGCUAUAUGUCGCGCCCGCGGCUCCACCAACUACGUCAUGAUCGCGAGCAGUGUAGUCGCCAGGGGACUGCCGUUUAGGAUACUAGAGUAA